AGAGAGAACGAGAGUGAGUGGAUGAGAGUGAGCGAGGGAGGGAGAGAUAGGAGGAGAACAUUCUGCUGAAAGGAAGCAUUUUUGGUGGAUGGGAUAAAACCAACCAUGGAAACUACAUCAGAAGAGAACCAAGAGCAGAGCCAGGAGAAAAAAGGUUGCUUUGAGUGCUGCAUCAAGUGUUUAGGUGGGGUGCCGUAUGCGUCCCUGGUGGCUACGAUCCUGUGUUUCUCUGGCGUGGCCCUGUUCUGUGGCUGUGGCCAUGUGGCCCUCACCGGCACCAUCAGCAUCCUGGAGAACCACUUCUCCAAGAUCACCUCUGACCACGCCAUGCUGACCGACGUAAUACAGCUGAUGCAGUAUGUCAUCUAUGGCAUCGCCUCCUUCUUCUUCCUCUAUGGGAUCAUCCUGCUGGCCGAGGGCUUCUACACCACCAGCGCUGUCAAGGAGCUGCACAGCGAGUUCAAGACCACCAUUUGCGGGCGCUGUAUUAGUGGGAUGUUUGUGUUCCUGACCUACAUCCUGGGUAUUGCCUGGCUGGGAGUGUUUGGUUUCUCCGCCGUGCCCGUCUUCCUCUUCUACAACAUGUGGUCCACCUGUGCCGCCAUGAGGUCACCAGUCUCCAACUUCACCAACGUGGACUCUAUAUGCGUGGACGUCCGUCAGUACGGUAUCAUCCCAUGGAACGCUACACCAGGCAAGGCUUGUGGGUCCACACUAGGAGACAUCUGUAAUACUAGUGAGUUCUACCUGUCCUACCACCUGUACAUUGUAGCAUGCGCUGGAGCCGGGGCCACCGUCAUUGCUCUGAUCCACUUCCUCAUGAUUCUCUCAGCAAACUGGGCCUACCUAAAGGACGCCAGUCACAUGCAUGCCUACCAAGACAUCAAAAUGAAGGAAGAGCAGGAGCUGCACGACAUCACGUCUCGCUCAAAGGAAUGUCUCAAUUCCUACACAUAAGGAUUACGUCCUCGUCCACCUCUAUGAAAACACACACACACACACACACACACACACACACACACACACACACACACACACACACACACACACACACACACACACACACACACACACACACACACACACACACACACACACACACACAGCUCCUGUAACCUGCCAGCUGCCCUCACGCAGCGCAGUAAUACAGCUCCUAACAAACUAAAGCAUCAAUGUCGCUUUCUGCAACUAACCAAGACGUGUCGGAACCUCUGUUUUGUGUUUUGUAUGUGAAUAUAUUUUUGUUUUUAUUUUUCUAAAUUGUCGAAUAAGAAAAAUAUGCAGUUUUGAACAAUUAUUUUGAUCUGUUCUUUUUUUGCUUUCUUCCUAAUCAGUCUUCGCUGGUGAAGCUUGAAACAUUGCACUAUUCUAACACAAGAACGUAAAGAAAUAGUGAAACUUGUUUUAGAGUGUCCUGUUAUGAUUCUGGCCUGACUGUUGGCCAUUUAUGAAUAAGGGAGAGCAGGAAGUUCGUGUCAGCGAGAAGAGAAUCCAUUUUUUUUUAUUUUUAUCAAAGAUGCAGUUUUGAUAACACUUCAUAGCACAACAUGAAACGCCUUACAACAUCAGUUCUAUUAAAGUAGUGCAACGUGUUGUUUUUAAUUGCACACACGUUUGGUCCUCCUGGCUUUGAAUGGAGAGAAUAUAAGGAGGAGAAAUAUGAAGGCACAACAACAUUCCAUUGUAGAACAGAACAUGCAUUGGUUGGCUUCAUUGACAAUUUAUGUUUACCCUUCUUCCCAUUAAAACUGUUAGGUUUAGAUUAAUUUUCUCUUGAUAGUAGUUUUCCUAUUUUAGGGCUGACAUUUUGUUUAAUGCUAAUUCUAGUUACAUUCGUCACAUACAUAAAUAAUGAUGCAAAAUACUAAUUCCCUCAGGUGUACAAUAGUGAGCCUACGUAGUUACUUUAGCUACAUACACAUGUAUUUUACUUAACCACGUGCCCAUGUGACUGUAAGCGAAACCGUAGUGGUUUCAGAUUUUAGUUUUAGUCCUUUUUGAAGGGUGGAAUCCCUUACACUAAAAUACAUGCAAAGGUUGUUUUUUCUCUUAGACUUUAAUUUUUAUUUUUAAACUCUGGCAAGUGAAUGGUGCCAAUAACAAUUCUACUGUUAGACUGACCAAAAUAUAUCAUCUUAAUACAUCACCAAAGUGUGAUACCAUGGGUAAUAAUUAGUAUCAUUUUUUUAUUUUUUAAAUGCAGCAAUUUAAAAUGUCAUGGUUAAUGUCUUUGUGAGAUGAAAAAUAAAUGUCAAAUUUGACAAUAGAGCAUGAGGAUGGUAUACUACCCUGUUGGACAGAGGGGCUUGUAUAUUCAAAGUAUUGUUGGGAUGAAUAAAUGCUUCCUAUUGUAUAGUGUAUGAUCUCCCACAGUUCAUUCCAAAUUCCCAGGUGACUUGAAAUUCCCAUUUGCGACUGUUACAUGUUCAUCCCUAUAACUACAAGAUACAGGAUGCUUCCAUUAUACUUGGUUGAGAAAAAAAAAAGUCUGUAACGAAACAUUUGAUAUAAUGUGAUGUGCUUUGUUUACCAUGGCAGACCUUACAACUUAGACAGUACAAGUGAAAUGUGUGAAUGUUAUCCCUUCUACAUCCAGGCUAACUCAGUCUUAGGAUGUGGAUCUAAAAACAAAAUCUGUGCUUGUAUGUGUACAAUGUAAAAAUGUUACAAGUCAGGAAUCUUUUGGUGAUGUUUCAAUCUUUUAUUUUAUUUUAUUGAAUAUAUAACCACUUAAAAAAGAAAAAAAAGUAUCAAAACCUCUUGAAUUGCAUUUCAGCAUUGUUUUUGACAUGCAAUUGUGAAAAUACUGACAAUUACUGAUGUAAUCUUUUUCUUUUAGGUAGAGAAGAAACAGGGAUAUUGAUGUUAAUUCAUUAUUGCAUGAAGGAGAACUGUUUCUGCAGUGAUACAGGUGAUGUGUAGUCAUAUGUACUGACAACUAUCGUAGGCAGUGUUUGCCCGUUUCCUUUUAUUUUUCUAACAGAGAACCAAUUAAUCCAUUGUAUGUCCAUUGUAUGUCAUCGUAGUCCUAGGUGUUUCCAAGUAUGCGAAUCCUCUAUAGUAUUUUGUAACCUAAUAGUGUACCCCAUUUUUUUCCUAUGAGUGUCAAGGGCCUCCUUGUGAAUUUAUUUCAGAUGAUACUUAAUGCAUCACAUUAUUAUGAAUAUUAAUCAUCACCAUAUAAUUGAAAAUGGCAAUCUGACCAUGAAUACGGUUCAGCCAAAGUUUAAGCCACUGUAAGUCUUGAUUGACAACAUCUUGUUUUGUGAACAAAGUGGUCUCAGAAAUAUUGUAGAACAGACGCUAAAGCGGCCUGCAGGAAGAUGACUGAUGUGAAGUGGAUGACUUUGAUCAUGCAGUCUCAUUAUACAGUGUUUCCUGUGUAUAAAGUACCAACAAAUUAUAGAAAUGGCUACUGAUCAAUCACCAGGAAGACACCAAUCCAACAUCCUGUCUGACUGGGAUCCCCUCUGACAUCUCUCUCAACAAGCCUGUUAACUGUUUUUAUGAAAAUAAAGAAAUACAAAAAUGAACUCCA